CAUCACAAGCUUCUCGAGCGUGCGUGUGCGUCGUCGCGGAGGAGGUCGGCCAGGCCAGCAGGCGAAGGCCUGUAUUAGGUGGAGAGACGUAAAACACGGUCGGCGAACCACCUACCACCGAACUAGGGGUAACGGCAGCGAUCAACGAAAUCGUGCGGCCUCGCAGGUGACUCGGAGCGAGGGCUUCCGCCGCUCAGUGGAAGUAGUACCACCUGAUAGGGCCGAAAUCCUUUCCGCAAUAACAUCGCCGUGGCUUCGUGAGGACAGUGAACGCAUCGAGCGAUGGCCGGGUCGGCGUUGCGCAGGUUGAUGGCGGAGUACAAGCAGCUGACUUUGAACCCACCCGAAGGCAUCAUAGCGGGACCGGUGAGCGAGGAGAACUUCUUCGAAUGGGAAGCACUCAUCACCGGACCGGAGGGCACCUGUUUCGAAGGCGGCGUUUUUCCGGCCAAGCUCACAUUUCCCCCCGAUUACCCGCUCAGUCCACCGAAGAUGCAGUUUACGUGCGAGAUGUAUCAUCCCAACAUCUACGCGGACGGUCGCGUAUGCAUCUCAAUCCUGCAUGCGCCAGGCGAAGACCCCAUGGGCUACGAGUCGAGCGCCGAACGUUGGAGCCCCGUGCAAAGCGUGGAGAAGAUUCUGCUCUCUGUGGUCUCCAUGCUGGCCGAGCCCAACGACGAGAGUGGUGCCAAUGUUGACGCAGCCAAGAUGUGGCGCGAGGACAGACAGCAGUUCAAUCGCAUCGCCGACCGCCUGGUGCGCAAGUCGCUCGGCAUGCUUGCCUCCUGAAACUGCCCGACCAAUAAAUUCCUCAACAGCGAAAAACGAA